GGGAAGCCGGCAUAUCCGCUCACCUAACACACAGUGUGCUUAUUAGUACAGCAGAGACUGAAGGUAGACAGAUCUCCACUGAAGGAUUUAUCAUUUAUUUUUCACCCACUGUGUUCCAGUUUGUCUCUUUAUGUCAGUGUUCUGCACUUAAAUUGUCAGGCAAUUUAAACAGGAAAUUUAUCUGCCCCCAUUUUGAGAUAAAGAUCAGUAAAGAUCAUAAUGAUCUUCAACCAGGUUAUCUGGAGACCAGUGAAUCUGUUGUUUUAUGCUAGAAGAUACAGAAUAAAGACGAUUAUUCAACUGAACUACAGGGGCAAUGGAACGAGUUAAAGGCAGUUCUGAAACCACAUAUCCUCCCGAAUGGAAAGAUUUGACUGAGCAGCAAAUAAGUAUUCUCGUGUUUUUAGAGGAGAAGGAGCCACAAAAAAGUAUACGGAUUGCAAAACAUCUAAAAAAAAUUACUGCCAAGGAGGUAAACCCAGAUUUAUAUGCACUGCAGCGUAUGAAUUUACUGAGCCAUGAUAAGGAGAAAAAUCUUUGGACAAUGAAACAAAAGGACAAUGGAGAAAAUGUAACAAAUACUGUGAACAUACAGUCAAGAGAACUAUAUAUAUCUGAAAAACCUGCUUAUGGAAAUUUGACAGAGAAUCAGAAAAAUAUUUGCACAUUUCUGCAUGAAAAUGGGCCACACGAGGCUUUACAUAUUGCCAAAGGUUUGAAUAAGGUAUCAAAGAAGCAAAUCAACCCAGAUCUUUAUUACUUGAAGAAUAUUAAUAUUCUUGAUCAAGAUGGAAAAUGUUGGUGUCUUACAGAAGGCAAUAGAGCAUCCAAUAAUGAGCAAACCAAUAAUCAGAAUGAGAAAACUAUAACAACUAACAUUAGCAUAAUCAAUUCAAAGAUGGAAAACUGUAUUUUUGGAGAUCGUAAUACUAUGAAAAUUGGUAAUAAGGACAGCGAUAUAGGUUUUGAUGCUGAAGGUGAGGCUCCAUUCCACCAAAAUCAGUUUGACCAGGAAGUUGAACAAGCCACAAAUCCAACAAGCUAUCAAUCACAAAUAGGCAAUAAUUCAAACAAUAUUUCCAGGAAGUGGGAUGUUGAGCAUGCUUCUGAGACAUGUAAAAUAAAUGAAGUACCAACGACAUUACUAGAUGCAAGAGGUGUAGACUCUGUAGCCAUUAACUGUGCAGCAUCCUGCAAAGGCUCUAACCAUCCUCUGGACAGCAUCUCUUUUACUGAUUCAGUGAUUACAAACUCUAGUGAUGGUAUUGACAACACAAUGAGCCUGCAAGAAUAUGACAGUGGGAUUGGUUUAAAUACUGAAAAGGACCCGACUGUGACCAUAGACCAGAAAGGGGAGGACUGCGAACAAUUAAGAGACUAUUUUUGGAAGUUGAACAUUGGGGAAGACCCAGCAUGCUCUGAAACAAUACAAGAAAACCAAUCACAGCGAUACCAAACCUCAUCUCCUUCCAGCUCUCAAAGACAUUUGCCAUGGUUGGAUAUUUCAGCUAUUUGUGCAGAUAUAGAGAAGGUAUCUUCGGAUGAACAAGCUAAUUCUGAAAACCAAUAAAUGUGAAAUCACAACCUGCCAAACCCAGAAGAGAUCUUCUUUUACUUAGAUUCUGUGACAUUUGUUCCAGAUAAGGAAUGCAGAAUUUGGACCAAAAAAAGUAAUUUAAAAGUGGAGCAGACUCCAGGACUUGUACUUCAAUGUACCAACCUCUCGUUGUCCUGUAGCACCUGUCAAACACAUGCCCCUACAGCCCUAAGCAGCAGUAGACGCCUUGAUCUUGCAGAUGUGCUUAUUCUGUUACCUUACCUUAGAUCAGACCCCUGCUCUGUGGCCUCACCUAGCACUGCAUUCAUUCUGUAAGACACUUCAUGGCACGCAAGACCAGUUGCAUGGUAGCCUCUCUGUCAGCCAUGUGCCUCAGACCACCUGUUAACCACAUACCCACACAAGCCUAUCUGGACUUAGAACUUUUUUUACCACUUACCUGCAUCAGACCUAAGAUUAUACUCCUGGCUCUGCGGCUCUUUUUUUGUUUCUCAACUACGUCAUAUUCAAACUCUUCUGAUAGCAACACACCAAGUUCAGCCAAGGAUUUUUACUCUUUAACCCCUUUGUGAGCAAUAUGCCCACAUCAGACUUUGGACCAGCAGCCCCCUUAAUUAACAGCACUAUCCAAUCCUUUUUAUGAUUUCUGUUGCAUGGAAUGUUCCAUCUUUGAAGCACCACACAUGGGGCCUGUGUGUUGGAGGUAAUAAGAGAGGAACCCCUCGCCUGGCAACUGAAUAUCCUAACAGUCAGGCAGAAAUGGAUCUGUCUGCCUUGCAUUAGUUGGCUUUUCACCACUCAUUUGUCUAGCUUCGAUCUACUGACUUGGUGAACCAGGUAUUUGUCUAGUCUUUCUGAAAAACAGUUUGGUCUACCUUGACUUUUUAUGAUACAGCUUUCUAGGGCAGUAAUUUACAGGAACUCCUGUCUAAUCAUCAAUGUGUAAAGCUCCAACCCUGGAUACAUUAGUAUUAGGUACUUAGGAAAGCAAAAAUCAGUUGAACCUCAUGUUAUUUCAAAUCUCAGGGUCAGUCCUAUACCAGUAAUCUCAAGGUUCAGGACUAUUUUGUUUUUUGUAACAAUUGUAUUUAAAUAAAUGUAUAAUUGCUCACCA